AUGUCUCUGCAGAAGGAGGACGUUUAUGAGACGGAGGAUUUGCCCGAAGAUGAUCAACAGCUCAUCGAAGACGAGGUGCACGAAGGUGAAGAAGUGCAGCGUGUGCAUAUCGAUGUUGGCGAGGCAAUGAAACGCUUCAAGGGACGCCUUGUAAACGCCGAAAAUGUUGAUUUCUCCGAUUCGAUUGCUCGUAAGAAGCGCCGUGGCUAUGGUGGUGGUGCCUAUGUGCUUGAAGUGGUCGGGCCGUAUGCUGAUGAAAAUGAAACGCUGGAGCAAAAACUGACACGUCUGGAGUGUGAAGUGAAUGAUUUGGUUGAAGCAUUGCGAUUCCAGGAACCACAGAAAGAAGAUAAAUCGGAAGCACGUGUUGCUCGUGAGGAUUAUUUGAUCUCGCUGUUGGAAGAGCUAAAAGCAAUGAAAGUUAAAAGAAAUAUGAUUGAAAUUUCUCCUGGGAAUGAAGAAAAGUAUGUCGCUGUUGAACUGUACGAUGUCUUUUUUUUUUCUUUUUAG